AUGGCCCAGGGCAUCAUUUAUGCAGACCUGAAGUUCGUGAAGGCCCCUCGGGGGAACAGCACGUGCUCCAGGUCCCAGGAGACAGCACCCGCAGACGAGGACGAUGCGGAGCUCACCUACGAGAACAUCCAGCUGGCCCAGACUGGGGAGGUGGAGCAGGGGCUAGGGGCAGAGCAGAGCAAAGAGCCCGGGUGGAGCACGCGGUACCUGCCCCUCGGCCUGCUGGGGACCUGCCUCUUCCUCCUGGCCACCACCAUCGGCCUGGGGGUUCGCUACUGGCAGGUUUCCCAGCAUCUGCAGCAGGCGUCCCGAGCACACGAGGCAGAGAGCAGCCGCCUCUCCCAGCAAGUCAGCACCAAGGGCGCGACCCUGGCGCAGAUGGCGAGGGAGCUGGAGCAGGUCAGGCGGGAGCUGGGGCAGGCCAGGAAGGAGCUGGAGCUGGUGAGGCAGGAGCUGGAGCAGGCUAGGGAAGAGCUGGGGCAGGCCAGGCGGGACCUGGAGCAGGCCGGGAAGGAGCUGGAGCUGGUGAGGCAGGAGCUGGGGCAGGCCAGGCAGGAGCUGGAGCAGAUGCGGCUGGAGAAAAGCAGCACCCAGGAUCAGCUGCGACAGCGGGAGGCUGAGUUAAAGGAAACGAAGGAGGAGCUGGUGAGGGUACAGGAGGAGAAGAGAGAAAUCAAAGAGAAGCUGAAGAAAAUGGAGAGCACCCUGUCCAGCAUCUGCCCCUGCAAGCAGACAGACUGCUGCCCAGCAGACUGGGUGUUGUACAGAGGAAAGUGCUUGUUCGUCUCGAAGGAGAAGACGAAUUGGGAAGAAAGCAGAAAAGAGUGUGAACGGAAAUCUGCUCAGCUUCUCAUUGCCAAAUCCUGGGACACGGAGACAACGCCGAAUUUUCUGAAACAUACUGGUAUGCAGUAUUGGAUUGGACUCAGGAGAGACUGGUAUGCAGGAUCACAGUGGAAGUGGGUUGAUGGCUCUCCCUUUGAAAAAGAUUGGAGCGAUCAGAGUGACAACUAUAAGUCGUGUGGAGCAAUAAGAGAUGGUGUCAUAAGCAGUGACAGAUGCUAUUCUUAUCAGAAGCAGCCAGGGAUCUGUGAGAAGGCAUCCAGCCAACCCAGCUCAGACAGGCCGUGGGUUCCUUGGAGUCCCUGAAGAGACAAUCAGUGAGAGCCCUACAGGACCCUCCUGUAAGUCAGGACACAAUCCCCGUAGUGGGGACAUCCCGGGAGAGGUGCAGGUUUGCAGGGCGGUGCUGGGGCAGCAGGGCACA